GCAUAGAUGUCGUCCAUUAAACGAAAACUAGAAAUUAAUUAGCAUAAUAAUGCAUUUAAAUAAAAAGGGAAAGCAGAAUCAAAAUUGACACAAGACUAAGUUAAACAAACAAGUCGGCCAGUGCCAUCCGAAGGCUGCCUUUUGCAAUAGACUAAUUUAAUUUUAUAUACAAAUAUAUUCAUGAAUGCCAGUAUGCAAGUGUGACUUAUCGGAGAAAGAUUACUCUGUGCUGUGUGUUAGUGUUUCCUAGUGGAAAGGAGAGUUAUUCUGAUUUUAAGAGGUGCAAGUUCUUCAUACAAUAUGUCAUUCGUUGACUCUUACAAGAGGUUUAUGGAGAGGAACAGUGAUCCUCGGACGGAGAACUGGUGGUUGAUGUCAGGUCCUGGACCCCUGCUGACCCUGCUGGCCACAUACCUGUACUUCUGUACGUCAGUGGGUCCUCGCUACAUGAGAGAUAGGAAACCAUUUUCCUUGAAGCAACCCAUCAUCGUCUACAAUAUUACGCAAAUAUUCAUGAGCAUCUUCUUAGUUUAUGAGGGCUUAGUCUCCGGCUGGUGGAAUGACUAUAACUUUAGCUGCCAACCUGUGGAUUACUCCUAUGACCCUAAGGCAUUCAGAAUGGCGGGAGCGGUUUGGUGGUAUUUCGCUGCGAAGAUCAUCGAACUCUUGGACACGGUAUUUUUCGUUCUUAGGAAAAAGAACAGACAAAUAUCAUUCCUGCAUCUUUACCAUCACACCAUGAUGCCAAUUUGCGCUUGGAUCGGAGUUAAAUUCCUUCCAGGAGGUCAUGGAACUCUGCUGGGUGUCAUCAACUCCUUCAUCCACGUGAUCAUGUACACGUACUACCUGAUCUCAGGACUCGGGCCUCAGUACCAGAAGUACCUCUGGUGGAAGAAACACCUCACCAGCCUGCAACUGGUUCAGUUUGUGAUCGUGUUCUAUCAUAACUUCGUGGUGAUGUUCUGCGACUGCAACUACCCUAAGUCUAUCAACUUCUUACUGGCGCUCAACGCCGGCCUCUUCCUGUACAUGUUCGGUAACUUCUACUACAGAAGCUACGUCAACAUCGACAACAAGAAGACUGACUCAGUCACCACAGAAGCGAAGAGUAACGGUGUCAUCGCAAACGGCAAAGGCGUUGUCGCAAACGGCAAUGGCGUGAUCGCAAACGGCAAUGGUUUUAUCGCAAAUGGCAAUGGCGUCAUUGCAAACGGCAAGACGAAAGAAUGCUAGCGAAUAAUAAUGCUCAUUAAUUUAAGUAAUUGUAUGUGAUGUUAUGUUGAUAAUACUUAGAUUAAAAUAAUUUUAAAAUAGUUUUUAACUCAAUUGAAAAUACUGGAAACAAAAUGUCAACUUAAUAUGUAUUUCCGAGAUUUUCUUUGUUCUUCUCGAGCAGGUAUUUCCACCGAAAAUAAUAAGGUAUUUGGUUAUAAAUAUUGCUAUCCUCAUUUACUAUGAAAUAAAAAACAAUUCAACUUUAACUUUUAACUAAGUUUAAGUAAUGUAAAAUAACUUUUCUUGCAGACCUCGCCAGAUGAUGACAACAAGGUAUCUGUGAUUUUAUGAAUAUUAUGUAAUUUGUUUUGUGUGUAAGAAACAAAUGUGUAAUUUGAAACCAUUAUAAUAAUUAUUAAUUUUAGUUAUUUUAGAUCUUGGUUACAAAUGAAGGAGAUAAAGGUUUUAGUAUAGUUUGUUUUGUAUUUUUUUAGUUAAGAUGUAUAUUAUAGGUGAAUUUGUCAAUAUAGUGCAAUUAAAAAUAUUUCGCUCAAGUACAAGUUCAAGUGCUCAACAAACAAUACACAAUGCAACAAUACAAUUUAAAUAUUUUAGAAUAAUACAGGGUUUUUACUGUUAUCGUUUUAAUUUUAUAUUAACGAAUU